AUGCCCCAGUUCCUGCGUGGUGUGGUUGUCAGCGGUGAGCAGCAGAAGGUGUGCAGACAUGUCCGAGGCCUUCAGCGCCAAGUUCUCCUCCAGUAUCCAGUGUGUGAUGGGAUGCCAGUGGAAAAACUGCAUGAAGAAAUUCCAGGGGACAGUGAUGGCAGUAUUUACUAUGCCGUGGCGGUAGUGAAGAAGUCCAACCGUGAUAUCACCAAGCUGGAGGACCUGAGGGGGCUGAGCUCCUGUCACACUGGCUAUGGCCGUACCGCCGGCUGGAACAUCCCCAUAGGCCUGCUCAUAGAGAAAGGCCUCUUCAGACCCGCACAGUGCCAGAUACCACAGGCCGCUGGAGUUUUCUUUAAGAACAGCUGUGUCCCUGGUGCCAAUCUGCCUGGUUUCCCUGACAACCUGUGUGGCCUAUGUGUUGGGGACAGCAGCGGGCAGAACAAGUGUGAGAAAGGCAAGGACCUGUUUGACGGAUAUGAUGGAGCUUUCAGGUGUUUGGCCAAGGGAGAUGGAGAGGUAGCCUUCAUCAAACACACCACUGUCUUCCAGAACACUGAUGGUAACUCAGGUGAGUCGUGGGCCAUUGACCUGCAGUCUAAGGAUUUCCAGCUCCUGUGCCCCCAGGGCUCCAGGGUGGAGGUGACCCAGUAUGGCCACUGUAACCUGGCCCGGGUCCCCUCCCACGCCGUCAUGGUACGGCCCGACACCAACAUCUACGCCCUCUACGGCCUGCUGGACAAAGCACAGGUAAGACUGACUGGUAGUCACAUGCAUUCAGAGUUCAAGAUGUUUGACUCGUCUGAGUACCAGGGCUCUGACCUCAUCUUCAAAGACUCCACUGUCAGUAUGAUCAGAGUGGCUGAGAGGAAAACCUAUGACCAGUGGCUGGGACAGGGCUACAUGGACUCAUUCACCAACAUGGAGUGCAACUCCUCUGCUAAAGUACUGUCCUCUGUCUCCCUGCUCCUGGUGGCACUGAUGAGCUCCAUCUUCAUCUGGGCGUAAGAAGACUUGUCCUUCCCCAAACCCAACCCCAAACCCCAUCCAUGUUCCAGCCCCAACUCUAACCCCUGUCCCAGCUCCAACGUCAGCCCCAGUCCCACCUUGAACAUUUCAACCCUAGCCACAGUCCCAGUAACAAUCUAAACCUAUGUUCUUGUCCCAACCCAAAUAUUCCAUUCCCAGUCCUAACCCCAACCCCAACCCCAGUAGCCUACUACCGCUGUAGGGAAUCUCUCCUCUCCUGCCAAAGCACCAGCAAUAACACUGAACAUUACCACCCAAUGGACCGCAACAGCUUUUCCUGUCUUUAGGAGAUGCUGCCUCCGUCCCUUCAUCUGUAUGUAAUUCAUGGCUUAUGAUUGUACUACAGAUUUGCUUACUACUGUAUAUGUUGAUGUUAGGAUUUGGUCAUUGUUGUUGAGUCAGUGAGUCACUUAUUGAGCCUGUCUCUCAAUGGGGAAAAGAGAAUACAGCUUUAUUUGGUUGAGCCAUAGGAGAUUAACUCAUUCCCAACCAGAGAUGACGAAGGACGUCAUUGCUAUUAUGCUUACCGACGGUAACUGCCAUAUCAGUGCAUAUGCUUUUAACUGUUACAUACUUUACUAUGCAGUGUUUGUCUUUCCCAAGGAUUUAUGUUGCCUACACCAACUGAUGAAAAUGAUGAAAAUUA